AUGUCAUUGCCGCAAAAGUUGGUCGCGGCUGCGAUCCCGGAUGAUCAGGACCUGGCCACUGCCGUCCAGGCAAUCGUCAAGACCCACCCAGACAUCACCGCGACCAUCACGCGACUCCUCACUUAUGUCCAAUCCAAACAGAACACUUCCUCAUCAAGCGCGUCAAGUGACACCAAGCGUGCGAAACCGGCGCAAGGAAUCGCACAGUUCUUCAACAGCCCCGCCGCCACCACUACUACCACAGCAGGACCAGGACUAGGAGCGGCGGUGGACGCACCUAUCGGACCAGCCAUCUAUUCAACAAACCCCCUCUCAUUCUUGCACCCGGUCCGCAAGAAGUUCGUCCUCUCCCUCCACAAGUCCCAUAUCGCCCUCGUCUCCGCCACCAGUGCUACCGACAUUGCCUUCAAAGCACCCUACGAGUCCCUAUACCGUGUCGUGGCAGUCCCCUUCCUGGAACGUGCGACCAAACACACAGCCUUGAUUCUUUUCUUUCGACACUCGGCGUUUGCUACAGGAGGGGGCGCAAAGGAUGCGAUCUGGGCGGUCCCUCUGCCCGAUGACGGCAAAGAUUUCUCAUUGCAGGCGCAUGCGCCUCACCUCGGACUGGUCGGUCUCUCACAGGAUCUUCGGAUAACAGGAGCCAAAGAACAGCCGCCAUUGGCGUUUGUGAACCCAGCGACUGUUACAGGACCUACCAAACGACCCGACCAUAUCUUCCUCUCCGUCCUAUCCUACUUCCUCAAGCACAGUGACACCAGCAAGACGGGAAAUGUCAUGGACAGGAUUAUUCCGAACCCGACACCGGCCUACCCAAACUUCUCGGCACACUUGAAAUCAAACCAGGGGACAAUCUACCUCCUCCCGACGGGGAUCAUGUUUGCGUUCCGGAAACCGAUUCUCUUCCUCCGCGCGGCUGCCAUAGAGGCUGUUGGGAUCCAUGCAGUGCUCACCAGGACGUUUGAUUUCGAGAUUGUCAUGGAUACCAACACUUCCUUAAGCGACGGCGGCAGAGACAACGGAAAGGACGAGUCAAGACGAGGGACGAUGGUGGAGGAUUUGGAGGGGAUCCCGCCAGAGAAUAAGGAUGGCCGACGGGCGAUUGGGUUUGGGAUGGUCGAUACCAAGGAGUUUGCGAGGAUGGAGGAGUGGAUUAAGAAGGCUGGUAUUCGCGACCGGAGUAUGAGUGAGGAUCUAAAGGCGAAGGAUAAGGCGCCUACCGCGGCUGGAGCAGGAAGUGGGAGGAAGCGAGAGCGGGCUGCUGACGGAGAGGAUGAAGAAGAGUCUUCUCAAAAGGCUGCCAAAGGCGAGAAUGAUGGAGGGGAGGAUAGUGAUGAUGAGGAUGAUGAUGAUUUUGCGCCGGAGAGUGAAGAUGAAGUGAUGGAGGAGUAUGAUUCGAAUGCUGAAGGGAGCGACAGUGAUGGAGGCCAUGAUGAGGUGGCUGAAGGAAGUGGGAAGAAGGGCAAGAAUACAAAGGCGGUAGGAUCAGGGAAGGCUGGACAAAAGAAGGUGCAGGAUGAGGAUGUGGAUCUGGAUGAGGAGAGUUUAGGCGAGGACAGCGAUGAGGAUGAGGAUGAGGAUGAAGAGGAUUGA